AUGUUGAUUGCUCUACUGAUUGCUUUCAGCUUCGUGGGCCUCCACACCCUCUGGCAGGCCCAGGCUGUUCCCAUUUUGCCCCUGGGACUGGCCCCAAACACCUUCGAUGAUGCCUAUGUGGGCUGUUCAGAGGAAAUGGAGGAGAAGGCUGUCCCCUUGCUGAAAGAAGAAAUGGGCCACCAUGCCCUGCUGCGGGAAUCCUGGGAGGCAGCCCAGGAGGCCUGGAAGCACAGGCGUCCAGGGCUCACCUUGCCCACUGGUUUCCAGACUCAGCAUGCAGUGGCCAUUAUGGUCUACACCAACUCAUCUAAUACCUUGUACUCGGAGCUGAAUCAGGCUGUGCGGAUGGGCGGUGGCUCCCGGGAGCUCUACAUGAAGCACUUCCGCUUCAAGGCCCUCCAUUUCUACCUGACCAGGGCUCUGCAGCUGCUGCGGGAUAAUAGGGGCUGCAGCAGGGAAUCUGGGGAGGUGGUGUUUCGAGGUGUAGGUAGUCUUCGUUUUGAACCCAAGAGGCUGGGGGACUCAGUCCGCAUGGGCCAGUUUGCCUCCAGUUCCCUGGAUGAGGCAGUGGCCCGCAGAUUUGGGGAGAAGAGACAGGACUGUGUGUUGGCACCAAGUGGGCAGCCAGACUCACCUUCCAAGUAGGCAAUCUCUCUUCUCUCCAGGAAGACCAUGCUUUUGGCCCCUGGGGGUUUCCGGUUCUCAGGAGAUGGGCCCUGA